AUGAUCAGAAUAAGUGGAUUAGAUGUUCUUGUGAUAACCAUUCUGGGUAUUAUCCAGCUCUGUAAUACACAUAUCUUGCCUCGGCGUUCACAGGCAUGCGCAGCGGCACCAGCAGACAUCCUGUUCCUCCUGGAUUCUUCCAGAAGUGAGGGAUUCUAUAACUUUGAACUUCAGAAGAAUUUUGUCUCAAAGUUUGUCACAUUCUUAAACAUCGGACCAAAUGACGCUCAAGUCUCUGUAGGAACAUUCUCCACACACGCUAACAGCUUCUUUUUACUCAACUCUUAUCACAAUCAAUACAGUCUCCUAAAUGCCAUUGCACGGAUACCAUACCUACCUGGAGGAACACACACGGAUUAUGCUUUAUAUAUGGCUGAACACUACACAUUUACUCCAAAGAAUGGCGACCGUCUCACUGCUCCAAACAUAGUAUACGUCCUGACAGACGGAGAGUCCGAUAGCCAAUAUCAUACACAUAUAGCAGCACAACAUCUCAAAGGCACUGGGGCUAAGGUGUUUGCCAUUGGAGUCGGCCAUGUUUCUAUGAAUGAACUGAUUGCUAUGGCUACAGAUCAUGAACACGUGUUUACUGUGAACAGUUUUACUGAUCUAGAAUCUAUACAGCACCUAGUGCAGGCAACAUAUUGUGACGUAAUAAGUGGAACCUUAUGUAUCGACAAGAUUUCAAGCUGUUAUACAUAUUCUAAGAGUGUUUGCUUAGAACCUAGUUUUGUGGCCUGGGCACAGAUGAAUUGUCCUGACUACUGCGGAUUUUGUCAGAUAAACACACCGAUUCCACCAACAAUACAGAUUCCAACCAUCCCAUCAGCUAAAUCAACAACAGUUUUACCAGCGACAAAAGCAACUCCUUUACCUUCGACAACAAUUAAAUUGACAACAUCAACGAUUAAAACAUCAACAACAAAGGGACCAUGCGUAGACAAAAUUACAAACUGUGCUGCCUAUGGAGACUCUGUGUGCACUACUUACAGACUUUGGUCCAUAGAAAAUUGUGCUAGAUUCUGUGUGUUUUGUCAUGAUAAAAAUAUGACACCAACGACACAAACAUCAGUAAAGACCACUAAUGCAGCAACAUCCACUUCACAAAGAGUUUAUGACGUCUGUGAAGACAAACUUGCAAAAUGUAGUACCUAUGGAAUAGAUAUCUGUGUCAAAUACGCAUCUUGGGCAGCAGUUCAAUGUCCAAAGUUCUGUCGGUUUUGCACACACACGGUGACCACACCACCGUCCGCUUCUCUAGACACGGUGACCACACCACCGUCCGCUACACAAAAACCAUCCUGUGCUAAAACCCCAGCUGAUAUCUUAUUUGUGCUUGAUGCGUCCACUAGCAUAAAAAUCACUAACUUUGAAAAAGAGAGGAAUUUCGUGGCAGGCUUCGUGAAUGAUCUGGACAUUGGACCUAAUGAUGUACAAGUUUCUGUAGGGACAUUUUCUGAUAAUGCACGUGGAUACUUUUACUUACAUACACAUCAAAAUAAGACAGAUCUUUUGAACGCAAUUCGAAACAUUCCGUAUGAGUACGGACAAACGCAUACACAUCUUGCUUUCCAACUGGCAGAACAGUAUAUUUUCACAAACUUCAGUGGAGAUAGACCAUCAGCUACAAACAUCGUUUUUGUUUUAACUGACGGCCAAUCUCAAAAUCAUACGGCUACUUUCUUAGGGGCUCAAAAAUUAAAGGAUGCUGGUGUAAAGAUAUAUGCUAUUGGAAUAGGAGGACAUGUUCAAAAAAGCGAACUACAGGACAUAGCCAGUGACAGUGGUCAUGUCUUUAUGGUGGACAGCUUCGCCGAUUUACCAUCUAUACAUAACCUCGUGCAGAGAACGUACUGCGAAGGCUAUUCAAGUACAGUCAAAACCCCUGUUACUGUCAGCUCGUCAACAACUCAGAAAUCAACAUCAUCCUCGCCAGCAAAAUCAACCACCUCAAUUACUAGCAAAUCAGCAAGCGAAACGAUGACCAAAUCGACGAUAACGGCAUCUCCAACUAUUACGACCCAAUCUGUAGGAACAACUGCACCGAUAUCAACAACACCCACAUCGCAGACGACAGUUGUCACAGCAUCGUCUGCAAUAACACCAACAACGCAGACGACAGUUGCCACAGCAUCGUCUGCAACAACAUCUCCAACACCAACAUCAACAGUGACAACAAAAUCGACAACAGCUUCAUCAACAACAAUUGCAACACCACCUCCUAUUCCUAGUGGUCCCUGUGUAGACAAAAUAGGAAACUGUGCUGGUUAUGGAGAUGGCGUUUGUUUAACUUACAGGAAGUGGUCGGUCAUGAACUGUGCACGGUUUUGUUUGUUUUGUCACGGUAGUGAUAAUACAGGAACCACACAAACCACCACACCCCCACCGACUCCACCCCUAACCACAAGAAACUAUACAGUGUGUGAAGAUAAGGUACCAACGUGCAUCAAUUACGGCCCUGAGAUUUGUUUUAAGUAUACUUCAUGGGCGGCUGUUCAGUGUCCAAAAUUUUGUGUAUUUUGUAAGGCCACCGAUACUACAACCACUACGAGCACCACAACUACCACGACCACCACCAUGCCAUCUCCCACCUCCCCACGUAUCUGUGCUGAUACCGAGAAUAACAACUGCAGCACUGCUGGUCCAAUUAUCUGCUUUGAAAAUCAGGUGUAUGCAGAAAACAACUGCCCUGUAUUCUGUAAUUUCUGCACACCCCCGGUUAUAACCCUAGGAGUGACUGCCCUUCCAGCAUUUCAAUCCAGUACAACAUCCAAACCUAUGACUACAAAUCCUGAUGUUAUAGUGAUAGGAAAAAAACGACACGACAAACUCUACAGAAGACUGUCUGGAUACAGAAAAUCAGUUAGAAACUGA